AAGGAAGAAAGACAGUAGGAAGCUUGCCUAUUUAAUGGAGAUACCAAUUUUCCAUUUGCGCAUUCAGCUAAAUUCAUCUUCUUCUUCGCUUAAUCAACAAGGCAAAUUUCCCUUCCACCAACCCUCUCACCCUCUCCUCCAUUAAUACACCGCUCCCUGGAGAGGAAGAGAGGUUAUUCAUUCUCAUCUCUUCAAUUCCUUUUUCUCUCAUAUCAAUCAAGAAUCAUCCUUUCUUUCAAACCCAGAAUAUUCCCUUCCAGAUCUCAUAUACCCAUUUCCUUUUUCUCAAUCUAUCUUCCUUUUCAUCCAUUUUUAAAAUACCCAUUUCUUUAUAUAUAUAUAUAUAUAUAUAUCUAUAUAUAUUAUUAUAUAUUCGAUCUCCAUCGCCUCGAUUGGCCCCUGUUCCUUUAAACAUGGGGUUUCUACGAUCUUUCUCUCUCUUGUGCUUAAUUUCUGUAGCUUUGGCUCAUGAAGCUUUUGAUUCUCAUCUCCUUCCGAGACCACUUAUUCUUGAGUUUCCUGAGGGUGUUGUGAAUCAGGUGAAGGAACUUGAUGGAGAAAUCAAAUUGAGAUGUGAUAGUUGGAGAUUCAAUGUAGAGGCUAAUAAUUUGAAUCCGUGGAAAAGGAUCCCGGAAAGUUGUUCUGAAUAUGUGAAACAGUAUGUAACGGGUCGGGCUUAUCAACUUGAACUUGAAAUUGCUUCUAAUGAGGCACAGGUUUUUGCCAAGACUGUGAAAUUGGUUGGCGAUGGAAAGGAUGUCUGGGUUUUUGACAUUGAUGAGACCUUGCUUUCCAAUCUUCCUUACUACACAGACCAUGGUUAUGGUUCGGAGAAUUUCAAGCCUGAUGAGUUUGAUAACUGGGUUGAGAAGGCUACAGCACCUCCCCUUCAGCCCAGUUUAGAAUUCUAUAAAGAACUUUUGGAUCUAGGAUUCAAGCUGGUUUUGCUUACUGGAAGAAGCGAAAAGCAGAGGGAAUGUACAACACGGAAUUUGAUAAAUGCAGGGUUUUAUGACUGGGAUAGGCUCAUAUUAAGGAGAGAUGAUGACCAAGGGAAGUCAGCAAUACUUUACAAAUCUGAGAAGCGGAGCGAGAUGGAGAACGAAGGAUUACGAAUCAUCGGAAACUCUGGUGACCAAUGGAGUGAUUUAUUGGGCACUUCAGUUUCGGUUCGUUCUUUCAAACUUCCAAAUCCUAUGUAUUACAUUUCCUGAAUAUAGAGAAGGGAUGCAUCACAUCAUCAACGUUAUGGUUCAUAAUCAAACCAUGGUUCAAUAUCUCCCAAAAAACUGUACAUACGUUAAAAGAUUUCUGAUUUGUUUGAUGUUGAAUUAAACACACAGUUAAAAGAGAUCCAUACGAUCUUUUAAUUUAUAUAUUAGUGACUUAGUGUUGAUGAUAGUUGAAACUCCUUUGUAAGCUCCAUUAUCCUUAUUUAUUGGAUUUAUAAAUGAUCAUACUUUUAUCUUUCCUGUAUAUUUGAGACAUUCUGGUGAAA